AUGAAGCUGGACAUCUCGUGCUUUUGCUUUUUGUCGAAAAAUGAGUACCGAGUACUUACGGCGAUAGAAAUGGGCAUGCGGAACCAUGAGUACCUGCCUGUGUCAUUAAUAGCGAGCAUAGCGAAUUUAAGGAAGGAAGGCAUAACCAGUGUGCUGAAGAAGCUGCUCAAGAACAAGCUGAUCAGUCAUGAAAAUAAAAAGUACGAUGGGUACAAGCUAACCUAUUUAGGGUAUGACUUUCUAGCCCUAAGAGCAUUUAUAAAUAGGGGUACCCUAAAAAGUGUUGGCAAUCAAAUAGGAGUUGGUAAAGAAUCAGACAUCUACAUAUGUAAAGAUAUUAGCGGAAAUUUGUUGUGUUUAAAAAUACACAGGUUAGGUAGAAUAUCAUUUAGAACGAUAAAAAAUAAUAGGGAUUAUUAUGGGAAGAAAAAUUUUCGAAAUUGGCUGUACCUGUCCAAAAUAGCUGCAACGAAAGAAUAUGCUUACUUAAAAGCUUUGUAUGAAAAUAAUUUCCCUGUCCCCAAACCCUAUGACCUAAACAGGCAUAUGAUUCUUAUGUCAUAUGUAAAUGGGUACCCCCUAUCACACGUAAAAAUUAGUAACCCCUUUAAGAUAAUUGACGUUUUAAUAAACACUAUCAUUAAAUUUGCCAAGGCAAAUAUAAUUCAUGGAGACUUUAAUGAAUUUAACAUUCUGAUAGAUGAUGAUGAGAAGAUAACUGUUAUCGACUUCCCCCAAAUAGUUUCUCUGCAACAUGCGAAUGCCAAGUUGUACUUCGAUCGGGACGUCAGAGGUGUGGUUAACCACUUUUAUAAAAAAUACAAAAUAAAAAUUGAAGAUUACCCUGUUUAUGAAGAUGUCAUUUUAAUGAGUAAUGACAAAAUUGUGGUGGACGAAAAUUUAAUUUCCAGCUCUGAUGAGCAUGCCCUGAUGGGCGUCCUGCAGAAUGAUGGGUCCGACUCGAUUUGCCCCGGGAGCGAGCAACCGAACUGUAGCGGCGGGACGGAGCAAACUGAAGAAAUGGACGAAAUGGACGAAAUGGACGAAAUGGGCCAAAUGGACCAAAUGGACCAAAGUGACGAAAUUGACAAGAGUGAAGACAUUGACAAGAGUGACGAAAGUCAUGGAAGCCGUCGCAGUGGAGAAAUGCACCGAAGUGGAGCAAACCGCCAAAGCACCGUUAGCGAGAGCACUCAGGGGGAAACCCCUCGCAGCGUGGGAAUCCAGAGGGAGGACUCCUUCUCUUCUGAAGGGAAGUACAAAGACGCCUACGAGAGCAACACGGAAAGGGAGAAGGCAAGUGACAAGUUCGAGAAAAGAUCUGACGGAUUGGAUGACAAUGACAUGGAGAGUGCACAAGGGGUAGUGACGGACCAGCUCGCUUCCAUUAAGGGAAGUUUGGAGGAGGAUACCGAAAGGAGAGGGGGUAGUAGCCCCAUGAAGGAUGAAGAAUCACCUACAAAUGGGAAAUGCAUUCAUACGGAGGAGAAGACCCAAGAUGAAGGGAAGGACCAUCAUGAUGAUACCCCCGGUAUAUCUGAGGAAGAGAUGGAAAGGAAAAUCGAAUCGAGCGAACGGAAAGAUGAGGUGGGUGGUGGCGCUUCAGAAAAGAGUGCACACCAGGUGGAGCGCACGAAGGGCAUGAGCAGCGAAGCCAGCAGUGACGAAGUCAGCGGAGACGAAGAGAGCGAAUUGACGGCAUACUCCAGCUGCGACUCGGAGGGAUGCAUCUCCGAGAACUCCACGAAGAAGUUGUCCGAAACAUGGCAACCCCAUAUAAAAAAGUACACCAAGGAGUACGCAAAGAGCAAGCUAAAGUACAUGUACAGGAAAAAAAAAAAUAAAGAAAAAUACAAGGAAAAUUUAAAAACGAAAAAUAAAAAAAAACUCAUGGAAAAAAUUAAAAAUUAUGUGUAA